CGCAGCCGGGCGGAUCGAGCGUGACGUCAUCGAGGUGCACCCGAAACCGCCACGAUGAGCAGCUACCUGGCGUUCCUGCGCGAGGACUGGCAGGAGUUCAAGCGCGAGGAGCAGGUGGCCCUGUGGACCACCUACGUGGUGGUGCUGGUGCUGAUCUGGCUGUGGGCGCCGACAGCGCUCUACCUCUGCAUAGGCGGGCUGUGCUACCUGGCGUUCCGGCGCUGGAUGAUCGGCGCCCGCUGCCGCAGCAACGCCACGCUCGAGGGCAAGACGGCCGUGGUGACAGGCGGUAACUGCGGCAUCGGCCGAGAGGCGGCGCUGGAGCUGAGCCGGCGCGGCGCGCGCGUCAUCAUCGCGUCGCGCGACGUCGGCAAGAGCCGGCUGGCGGCGGCCGGCAUCCGGUCGGAGACGGGCGGCGAGGUGAUCGUUAAGCAGCUCGACCUCGGCUCCCUCCAGUCGGUGCGCGCGUUCGCGGACGACGUGAACAAGACGGAGGAGAAGGUGCACCUGCUGGUGAACAACGCCGGCUGCCUGCUGCCCACCCGGCGCACCACCGGCGACGGUCACGAGACCACGUUCCAGGUCAACUACCUCGCGCCGUUCCUGCUCACGCACCUGCUCACCGACAAGCUUGUGCGCAGCGCGCCGGCGCGUGUCAUCAACGUGUCAUCGACGGGCCACUGGUUCACCGACCUCGACCUGAACGACCUGGAAUGCGAGCGGAAACCGUACGCCCUCUGGACCCGGUACGGCACGUCCAAGCUGGCGCAGAUCCUGCACGCGCGCGAGCUGGCGCGGCGCCUGCGCCAGCGCAGCGUCACCGCCUUCUCCUUGCACCCCGGCGUGGUCAACACGGAUAUUUACCGCGAGCAGCGUGGCAAGUGGUACCACUCGGAGUUCCUCAAGGGCGUCCUGUUUAGCUACUUCUUCCGCAACGCGCGGAUGGGUGCACAGACGGUCGUCUACUGCGCAGUGGAGCCAACGCUGACGGCCGAGUCCGGCGGGUACUACUCGGACUGCCGCCGGGGUUGGGCCAGCGCGCAGGCGCAGGACGACCAGCUGGCGGCCAAACUCUGGGCGGCCUCCGAGAAGAUGCUGGGCCUCGAGUGACCCUCCCGCCCGGCUCUGGGUCGUGCGACACGGCGCUGCCGGCCCCUGGGCAUGCCCAGUGGGGAUGAGGGG